CACAACAGUUAUAACCCGAGCAUAGACUUUCCUUGCGCAAUAUGUUGAUAUAUGAUUCAAAUUGGAACUUUCAUUAUUAAUAUUUUACAUUUGAAAUAACCUUUUUUUGAAUUGGUAAACGAUAGGGCCAACCAUUUUAAGUGUUGUCGAGUGUAAAUACUGGAAUUCGGAUUGUCUCUUUCUCUUGAUUGCACUGUUUAAUUGAAUUCGUGACGUAUUCCGAGGAAAGUAGCACACAGGAAAUAAGGCGUCUGGAUAUACUGACGAGACAUAGCAACAAAAGAAAGGAGUAAAUUGUUGGACUAUUGGGACUAGUAAAGGAUUGUAAAAGUGUUUCUGGAGAUUGUUAGACUCAUGGGUUGCAUACCAUCUAAAAUCUCUAGGCCCAGACCAGGUCGAGACGACCACGCCCCUCGGCCUCGGCCUGACCCUGAUCGGGGUAGCUUUGUACCUAGAUCCGAUCCUGACGAAAACAAACCUGAUGCCUCCAGACGCGAGAGUACACCAGAACCAUUGACCGAGGGCAUCCUGAAGACCGUGAAUGUCAACGUGAACGCGGAGAGCAACAGAAAAGCGCACCACACUGACGAAUAUGAGGUGCUAAACCUGGUUGUGAGGAGAGGUCAGGCGUUCGAGAUCACCGUCACCUACGAUAGGGCGAUCAACGAUGCGACGGACGAGAUCAAGUUCAUCUUCCAAACAGGUGACAACCCAAAGGUCAGCAAGGAUACCGAGAUCCAUGUUACCCCUGGCAAGUCUGUCAAAAACUCCGAAUGGGGCGCCCAGCGCGUGGGCGAUAGCGGAAAUGACGUUACAUACAAGUUGAUGACGCCAGCCAACGCCGUCGUGGACGAAUGGUCGAUGAUUGUGCAGACGAUCUUUGACCAUAAGAAUGAGAAGAUGAACCGUUACCGCUACAAGGUCAAGGAUACAUUUUAUGUCCUCUUCAACGCUUGGUGCAAAGAGGAUACAGUCUAUAUGGCCAACGAAGAAGAGAGACAAGAGUACGUGUUGGAGCAGAUUGGUUUGAUAUGGAGAGGCAGCGCCGGGGCUAACGGGCCCAUGAUGUGGAAUUAUAAACAGUUUGACGAUGUGUGCCUGGAUGGUUCCCUUUUUCUUCUCAAGAAGAGUGGUCUUUCCGUACAGGCAAGAUCUAAUCCGGCCCUCACCUGUAGGGCACUCUCUCAGAUGGCGAACAGUAACGACAACGACGGAGGUGUCUUGAGCGGUAACUGGUCCGGUAACUACCUUAAAGGUAUCGCCCCAUCCACCUGGCAGGGCUCGGGGAGCAUCAUGGAGCAGUACAUGAGGACCAAGUCGGACGUCAAGUGGGCGCAGUGCUGGGUCUUUUCUGGACUUCUCACAACGCUGUGUCGGGCUAUUGGCAUCCCAACCAGGAGUGUGACCAACUUUGAGUCAGCUCACGACAUCGACUCUAGCAUGACCAUCGACACACAUUAUGACAGUGUUACUUUGAAAGCGUUGGGAGGUGCCAUGGACGACUCGGUAUGGAACUUCCACGUAUGGAACGAAUCUUACAUGAAGCGUCUUGAUCUUCCCGAUGGUUACGAUGGAUGGCAGGCGCAUGACUCCACACCGCAGGAAGUCAGCGAGCAUCUCAUGCGCUGCGGUCCAGCGCCCGUUAUCGCCAUCAAAAAUGGUGACGUUCAUAUCAACUACGACAGCAAGUUCGUCUUCGCUGAGGUGAAUGGUGACCGUGUGUCUUGGAUCGUGGAGCCAGAUGGUAACAUGAUUGCCGCCCAGUCUGAAAUUGACACGGUCGGGAAGGAGAUAAGUACCAAGGCUGUGGGAAGGAGGGCAAGGAAUGAUGUGACUCAUGAGUACAAGCAUGCCGAAGGGUCGGAGGCAGAGAGAGCUGCCGUUGACAAGGCGAUGAAAUACAGCUCCAGGAGAGAGUUCCUCAAGAUAGAUGAAUCUAAGAAUGACUGCGCCAUGACACUGGAUGUCAGAUCGGAGCCGAAAGCUGACAUUACUGCAAUGAUCCGAGUCACCAACAACAGCAACGAGGAGAGGAACGUCAAGUUGAACAUCCAGGCGGUGGCAUCGUAUUACACCGGAAUGACUGGAGAGGACCUGAAGACGGUCAAUAGGAACCUCAUCAUUGCCGCCAAAGGAAACGACAAGUACGAAAUGAAGAUUCCAGCGGCCGAGUGGAUUAACACUAUAGACGCUGACGCGACAGUGAAGGUGUUUGUGACAGGAAAUGUGAGCGAGACAGGCCAGGUGAUGACUAAACAAAAGGCUGCUGCUCUUGACAAGCCGGAGCUGGAUGUCACGGCGACCCCGCCGUCCGUCACCGCUGGCGAGGAGUUUGAAGUGACCGCGUCGUUCACCAAUCACCUGGAUAUCCCCGUCAACAAGGGGGUGUUUACCAUGGAGGGACCGGGUUCACAGAGAUCAUUCGAUGUUGAAGCCAAGAAAUCCAUUGCACCAGGUGAGAAGGUGACAGGAAAAGCAAAGUUCACCCCACGAUUUGCCGGAAAGAAAGAGGUCGUUGUUGGUUUCAACUCCCGCCAGCUGACCGGUAUCAGCGGGGCCACGUCGGUUGUCGUCAAGAAGAAGUAGACCUGCGACAGUAUGUCGUCGCUUUGAGGAAUACGACAAAAUGUCGGCGGUGAUAUGAUCUGAUAUGUAGAUGAAUGCUUCUUUGAUGCAGGUUUUUCGCGAAAGGGCUUAUGGGCAUUGCGCUUGUGCCGUAAAAUAGUCUUCUUUCCGAACAUAACAUUACUAUUGUACCAUACGUUGUUUUACUCCGCCCUUUUGCAGUCAUAAUCAAAUGGACAAGUCAGUGUGUGUCAUGGAUGGACCAUGCUAACUGCACGUGUGCGAUGCACGUACUUUUCUUUGUUGAACUUCUCAUUUACCUUGCUGUGACAUGCGCACAUUUGCGGUGCGAGCUAUACACUCCUAAAAUGUAUUACACUGGCAGUUUCUUUAUGCAAUCACACCCACUAGAUAUAUUCUAAGCGGCCUUAAAAGUUUAAGUCGGAUUUUUCUUUGUAUACUUCUCGCGCACUUGGCAGCAACAAACGCUUAGGUAUCCGUAGAUUGUGACUAUAGUUUAUACAUGUAGAGGAAAAGGUAUACUCAUCUUUAUCUAGUUAUCGAAUAAUAUUCAGGUUAAAGUGGUUUCAGGUGACAUUAUUUCUUAGUAGCAUACGUUAUUGUAGUAUAUACAGUGGCCUAUCUCCAUUUACGGUAAGCGUUUCACGUGGCAUGUGUGCACUCACAGGGCCCGUUGUCUGUAGGAGAAAUGCUGUGACAAAGCAAAGGCCUUGUGCGAUAUACGCCGAGUUAGAUAUGAGCCGAGCCGUUACGGGACAACAAUCCAAUCGUCCGUGUGAGAUAAAACCGUAAGUCAAAGGGGAAGAUAUUUCCAAAACGCCAUAGACGCAGGAGUAUCUGAUGUAACCUGUAUACAAAAUCUCAUAAGCGAGUUUAAACAUAGUAACAGCUAUAUAUCUUUCUUCGCUUAUUAGCCUAAACCUUCAUAAAUGUCAAAAGUUACAACCUGUAACAAAUACUAGGCUGAUUAAAAAAUAAAACUAUUUAUCCAAA